AUGGACAGAGAUGGAAGGAAUCAGCGGUUCUCCAGAAAGAGGAGCUUCACAUUCGGUGCAUAUGGAGGGGUGGACAAAUUUACCUGUGAGAAUGACUCCCGGAGUCCAGAGUCUUUGGACCAUAAUAUUUUGGAAAUUUUGGACUCUCCGCCUAAGGAAGCUAAGCCAGUUUUAGCAGCGACAUCAACACAGAAGGUGACAGAACUGUUUGAGAUCAUUGCAAAGCUCCAGGGUAGUAGGCUGGACGAGCAGCGGUGUGAGUUCCCGACGUCUCUCAGGAUUCUGAAAAUUGGAGGCGCUCUGCCCCUGGUCUUGCCCCCAAAGUCUGGAGGCUACUGGGUGGACCCUCCCUUGCAGAGGUGUGUGGUGGAGACCAGCCCGACCUGCUCCCAGCAUGCCUUUGGCCUGGAGAGCUAUGACAUCAUGGAGAGGGACGGUGAGGCCAAGAUUUACCAGCAGUUUUUCAAGCACAGAUACCAUCAUUCGUUCACGGCAUCAGACGGCUCUUUAGGUCCUCUCGUUCUCUCCGUUUGUUUGGAAGAAGAGGAGAAAAGACUACGCGCCAUUCUGAGACUGAAAGAAUGUUCUUUGCAUGGAACCUUCUCACUGUCCAUGUUCCAGCAGCUUCCUACAGCUGUGGAGCUUGCCAGGAUGCUGUGUGAGAAUGUGGCUGUGUCCAGAUUUGAAACAGUCAGCUACCUAAAGGCUCCGGAGCUCAUAGCUGCGUUUGAUGAACACAGGGUGUCUCACAACUUCAAGUUUGGUGUCCUGUAUCAGAAAGAAGGGCAGCUGACGGAGGAGGAUAUUUUGAGUAACAACGAGGAGAGUGAGGAGUUUCAGGACUUCCUCUCGGUGCUGGGCCAGACAGUGAAGCUGCGAGGAUUCUCCGGUUUCCGAGGGGGUCUGGACGUGUGUCACGGACAAACAGGAAGUGAGGCGGUGUUUACUUCCUUCCACGGUCGGGAGAUCAUGUUCCACGUGGCCACCAAGCUGCCCUUCACCAACGGGGAUGCACAGCAGCUGCAGAGGAAGCGGCACAUUGGGAAUGACAUUGUGGCGCUGGUGUACCAGGAGGGCAACACUCCCUUCAUCCCGGACGUCAUCAGCUCCCACUUCCUCCACGCCUUCAUCACCGUCAGGAGGGUUAAACGAGCGCCGGACGGGGAGGAGGGAGAUGGAGGAGCCUUCCAGGUGGCCGUCACUGCCAGAGAGGACGUCCCUCCCUUUGGGCCCCCUCUUCCAUCUCCACCCAUCUUCUCUGAGGGUUCUGUUUUGAGGGAGUUCCUGUUGACUAAGCUCAUCAAUGCUGAGAUCUCCUGCUACAAGGCUGACCGGUUCAGUAGACUAGAGAUGCGUACGCGCUCCUCACUGCUCGAGGGCUUAUAUUCAGAGCUGACCACUCGCUCCCAAAACAUGCUGGGAGAGCCAGCGCCCUCUUCUGUCUCUCUUGGCGACGGGGGCAAGGUUCCAACUGAGGGGGGCGGAGGCUUCAUUGAAAACUUCAAGAGAGCGAUCAGGGUGCGGAGCCACUCAUUCGACACCCUCGGAGCUCCAAAGAAGGGAGCAGCAGCAGGAGGAGGAGGAGGAGGAGGAGGAGGAGGAGGAGUAGGAGUAGGAGUAGGAAUAGGAGCUGGAGCUCCAAAAAACAAGGCUCAAUUGAACAGCCUGGGCAGCAUUACGGAGGCAGCCGUGUCCGCUGAGGUGUUGUCUGCUCGGCCGGUUUGCCUCGCCCGCUCCCCGGCUCAGAGGAGCACAAAGGCAGGCAGCGACCUCACAGGGCUCCAGACACAGUCACGGACUGGGGUGACACAGAUGACCACACUAGAGAGAGACUUGGACAGUGAGCCGGGACAGAGGCCGACGGGACCCGGUCUUCAGAUCACAGAGAACCUCAUGUCUCCCUCGCAGACCAGCCCUCAAGACGAGACAUAGAAUGCCACGACAUGAUAAAAGGGAUGGCUGGAUGGCUUGUAUGCUGGUCAUGGACACGAUGGAUUAUCUCUUUUGUAUUGUGUAGUGGCAUGAGAGGAGGAUGUAGAAAAGGAUUGACAGACAGACAGAGUAAAUAGGACUGAACUAUCUGUUUUGGUAGCUUUACUCAGUCUGCCUGAAGAGAGAGAGCACGAGAGAGAGAGAGAGAGAGAGAGAGAGAGAGAGAGAGAGAGAGAGA